AUGAGGCUUUGGUAUAUCUUGAGCGCUCUUGCCUUGCCAGCUUUCGGUGUGCCGCUGAAGAACGAUGGUUCAGAGAUAAAUGAAGAAGUCGAAAGAAAGCCCAAUGAUCUUUCGUGGGAACAAUGGCACAUGCAGCGUGAACACCAAAUGGAAACGUAUGAGCCAGAGACGUUCUUCACUCUACAUGAUAUAGGAAAUAAGGGUUACUUCGAUAGACAGGACAUUUUGACCAUGUAUGGUUUAAACCGUGACGAAGUUGUGGGUAGCGGCGAUGGAAUGGGAAAGCAUGAUAAUUCAGAGCAGAUCGAUCAAGAAACUUCAGACCGAGUAUUUCAAUUGGUAAUGGAAUUGCUUGAUGUUGACGAUGACAGCAAAAUUGAGAAGCAGGAAUAUCUAGAUUUUGCAAAGAGAGGAGGACAGCUUCCUGACCUCGGUGUUGGGGUUGGUCAUCAUUCCGACUUUGAACUUGAAUAUGAACUACAUCACUGGAACAAGUACCAUAUGGACAAGGAUCCUGAUGUGAAGGUAGUUCAUAAAGAAGACGUGGCUCAUGACCUUUUACACCACGAACACAAAAUGGAGCACGAAGAUCAAGUGCAACAGGGCGCUUCAAGAGUGACGGUAGUCACUGACGAUGAACUUGAGGCCAGAAUUAAACUGGAAAACAUUCCUCAAAAGUUCAAGAACGGCUUUUAA